AUGAUGGUCUUUUUUAUCAAAUGUUUUCAGUUUUAUAACACAUUCUUAUUCUGGCUAUGGGCAAUUAAUCUGGCAGAUGCUGCUCCAGACGCCGGACGCUCUUAUACCCCGGUUGCCUAUGCUAUUGGCACCGGGCCAGUAAUUGACGGCCUUGUGAAAUAUGCGGGCGAGCCACUGAAGCUGGACGCUGCAAACCCCGUCGUUACUCUCGACUAUGGAGCAAACGUUGCUGGAUUUCCCUUUGUUGAAGUCUCAUCCGUUUCUGCAUCUGGUGCCCAGAUCGAACUGAAGUACUCUGAGCCAUUUGGAGGUUUGAAGGAGCCAUGGUCAAAUGGACCCUUCUUGUACGUCAACGGUCUUAUGAAUUCUUUCCGCACGGAGACCUUCAAUGUCUCCACGGCCGGAUCGACGACGUCUUUCUUCAUUCAGGGUGGUCAGCGUUGGCAAUCGAUAACUCUCCUAUCGAAGGAGCCCAUCACCAUCAACGGCGUAGGCUUUAGAGCAUCUGUCGAUAUCAGGCCACUCAAUGAACUCCCCGGGGCAUUCUCGACCUCGAAUAACGUCCACGAUGGAGUCUGGGGCCUUGGUGCCCGGUCUUUAGACCUGGCCUGUGUCGAGGCAAAGUCGCAACCUUCAACCUGGGAAGUCAGCAGCGAGGGAGCCCUGGUCCGCGGUCAGUAUCCCGCCAUUUCUCUGCGGGGUACUGGCUUUAAAAAUUACGAGAUGUCUUUCUCAACGAAGAUCGUCACAGGCGGAGUGGGAUGGAGAGUUGCUGCAGGUCCUAAUGGCGGCUAUGGGCCAUAUUUUGUCUUAAGCACUGGAGGACCCAAGCUUCUGAGCACAUCUCCGCUACAGUUGAAACCGAAUAGUCUUAUUGCCGGCUAUGGAUUCAGCAUUAUUAACCAGCAGCUGCUGCCUUCUGCGCCUGCUCAGAACUUCAAUGUGCCGAUGGAUUUGGCGGAUAAUGAGUGGUAUCGCAUUACUACGUCCAUCACCUCUACGGGAUACAAUAUCUCGAUUAAUGGGACACACGCCGCAUUUGUUCCCGGCGAGCCCUUUAAGCCAUACAUCCACCCUGGCAUUGGUACUUCUGCGCUCACAGAUGGCACCUUUGGAUUCGGACCCUUCUUGAACCAGGCAGCGUACUAUAGAGACGUCGAGGUUAUUGGUCAAGACGGCUCAGUACUCUACACCAACUCUCUCACGGGGGAUGAUGUCUACGAAGAAUAUGGGAUAGCCAUGAACCCCCGUGCUGUUUGCUUGGAUGGGUCUGCGAGGGAUCGAGAGAUAUGGAUCGGUGAUUUCGUGCACACGGCUCGGAUGAUUGCAGUCAGUACUGGCCGCUAUGACUAUAUCCAGAGCAUGAUCGACUUUGAAUUCGACUGGCAGUUCCUGGAUGGGCCUGGUGCAGGACUGGUUCCCAUGCAAGCACCGAUGGGAGUAGGGAAGCAGUACAGAGACAUACUCUACCCAUUGCAAUUUGGCCAGACCGACUACCAUUUCUUUUUCUUGGUUACUAUCGGAGAUUAUUACACUCUGACAAACGACUUGGAUUUAUUAAGCAAACACUGGAAUGGAACGAAGUUCCUCGUCAAGACGCUUGUUUCUCGCUAUCUCGACACCAAGACCAACCUCUUUGCAGCUCCCGAUGCAUUCUGGUUCACAGCCCAGAACACACAGCACGCCACGGCCCCAACAGCAUUAUUCGUAAUUGCCCUCAACAAGCUUGUUGAAAUCGCCAAAGCCCUCAAAGAUACCGAAACAGCUGAUUACUACACAAGUCUCUCCAGGACCAUCAGCAAAGCCGUAAACGACCAGCUAUGGUCCAAAACCCUAGGCGCAUACAGCAUGUCCCUUGACCACCUAGGCGACACCGCCCUCCUCGCCACCGCCUUCACCAUCCGCGCCGGAAUAGCCAAUACCACACAAGCCACAACUGGGAUCCAAAAGCUGAGCGACCUCUUCUACCAAAUCGGGUACAAAGACUCUACCGCAAUCGGCAACGGCCCCGGCACCCAACUCUCACCCAACGUCCAGGGAUUCUUGCUUGAAUCCCUAUUCCUCGCACACACCCAGCUCAACGUCGCCGCUAGCGUCGUCGUCCCUGUGAUCAAGGACCUGCUCGAAGUAUACUGGCCGAAAAUGCUCAACCAGAAUCAGUUCCGCACAGGCUCAUCAUGGGAAUAUGUCUUCCCCGAUGGCAGCCCAGGGAUCGGGUUAUUCACCAGCUUGAAUCACCCCUGGGGCGGAGCGCCGACGUAUGUUUACACGGACUUCAUCUUGGGUGUAAGGAGGGAGAGGAAUGCGGCGACGGGGGUGGUGGGGUGGGUGUUUGAUCCGGUUUGGGAGGUUGUGGAGGGGUUGGGGUUGGAGUGGGCGAAGGGGAAGAUGCCGUUGCCCGAGGGAGGGUGGAUUGAGGCGAGUUGGACGGGGACGAAGGGGAGUACGCAGAUGGAAGUUAAGGCCCCUGGGGGGGUGGUGGUUGAGGUGAGGCAGAGGGAUGGGUCGAAGAGGAGGGAGUUGGUGUAGUUGUGAAUGAUUUUGAUAGUUGCUGCAAAGGUAUUGGAGACGAUUCUGGAUGCACGAUACGGGUUGACGAAUGGAGCAAAAUUAUUUUUAGUUAUAUUUCAAUGGGAUCUCACACCUCUG